CGCAGCAGAAAGUGUGUGGGCGGAUGAGGAAGUUCAGAGCGCGGAUUGAUGGUCACACACCUACUGUACGGGCACAGCAGCAGCAGCAGCGCCGGGAUCUCCAUCCACCCGUUUCUGUGUUAGGAGGGGAUCCGCGCCUGGGAAAAUGACAAUCAACUUUGGGCUCAUCCUCUUCAUACUUGUCGCUCAGGGUGCUCGUUGUGAUCUACUGGAAUAUGGCGACGACGAAGAAGAUCCUAACGAUACCACUGUCAAUCAAAUGCUGGUGCCCAGGUCGCACCAGGAGGAUGCCACGCUUAUUCUCAACAAUCUGCUCAAGGAAUAUGACAAGACGCUGCGGCCGGAUAUUGGAGUGAAACCGACGGUCAUCGAUGUGGGGAUAUACGUCAACAGCAUCGGGCCCGUGUCAUCCAUCGAUAUGGAGUACCAGAUCGAUAUUAUCUUCGCCCAGACCUGGGUGGACACCCGUCUGCGCUUCAACAGCAGCAGCAGCACUCGGCUGACCCUCAACAGCAAUAUGGUGGGAUUAAUCUGGCUGCCCGACACCAUCUUCAGAAAUUCCAAGAACGCCGACUCGCACUGGAUCACGACGCCCAAUCAGCUGCUCCGGAUCUGGAACAAUGGGAAAGUGCUCUACACGCUGAGGAUGACCAUCAACGCAGAAUGCCAGCUGCAGCUCCAUAAUUUCCCGAUGGAUGAACACUCCUGUCCUCUCGUCUUCUCCAGCUACGGCUACCCACGAGAUGAGAUUAUCUACAAGUGGAGCCGCAACUCGGUGGAGACUUCGGACCAGAAAUACUGGAGGCUGUACCAGUUUGAUUUCAUGGGGCUCAGAAACUCCACGGAUGUUCUCACGACAACAGCAGGCGACUACGUGGUGAUGACGGUGUACUUCGACCUCAGCAGGAGGAUGGGCUACUUCACCAUCCAGACCUACAUCCCCUGCAUCCUGACCGUGGUUCUGUCCUGGGUCUCCUUCUGGAUCAAGAGCGAUGCCACGCCGGCCCGCACCGCUCUAGGAAUCACCACAGUGCUGACCAUGACCACGCUGAGCACGGUGGCCAGGAACUCGCUGCCCAGAGUGUCCUACGUGACGGCCAUGGACCUGUUCGUCACCGUCUGUUUCCUGUUCGUCUUCGCCGCCAUGAUCGAGUACGCCAUGCUCAACUACUGCGCCUACAGUCUGCGCCAACCUCCUGCCAAGACACAGAGAAUGGUAAGGGAGAGUGUGAGCAAGGCCUACUCCUCUUUCACCAUGGGCCACGCCCCUCGCUCCAUGAUGCCCAUGGGCAACUCGUUGUUCUGGCAGGAGUACGACGACAACUGCCUGUACGAGUGCCUGGACGGGAAGGACUGCAAGAGCUUCUUCUGCUGCUACGAGGAGUGUAAAGAAGGCGGCUGGAGGAAAGGACGCAUCCACGUCAACAUCGGGGAGCUGGACGCCUACUCCCGGGUGUUUUUCCCCACCUCCUUCCUGCUCUUCAACAUAGUCUACUGGGUCAGCUACCUCUACCUCUAGUGGGUCUCGGGCUGUGACACGUGGGGCCCCUGCUGAAACAGCCACAGCCCACUUUGCACCGCGGCCCGAGAUUUAAGGUCAACACUAAGGAGGAAACACGGUGGAUAAGGAAAGACGUGCCACCUUCUGGAGCGGCGAGACGUACACGUGUGCUGCGGAGGCCGUGGUACUUUGAGCGAUGGCACUCCCAGGAGAUAUAAACGCUCGACUGUAGAUCAACAAGCCGCCAGCAUUAACUUGAAUGGUCCCGUUUAUGGCUCUCUCUCAGAAACCAAACCACAGACGGCUGUGGCUUCGGGGACGGGGUUGCAUUGCUCAAUCUUGGUCAUCGAGACGGCGAAGCACCCAUAGUGCCUUCUUUAGAAAGGGUGCGGCACCCAGAGGACCCCUUGCUUCAAAGCUCAUCUUCUUUAGGCAGCAGCGGUUGAAGGGACGGCUUCGGCAAUUGUCAAUAAAUAACACUCACUGUACAUGGGCUCCCGGGCGUCCUCAUCUGGAGGAGAUGGAUGGCAGUUCUAUGAUGAAACCGAAAGGACAUGGGACACAUUAGAGGGUGUUUCACCAAAUUACACUCAACAAAUUAAACUAAUACUGGUAGGAGAAGCAAACAGUUGGCCUUUAACGUCAUAAAGUUUCCUCCCACGCCUCAGCCGCCCCUCAAUCGCCGCUGCUUGAACCCCUAUAACCUCACACCCCCACCCCGCCGCAUGCUGAGCUGUCUAUUCUUUAAUGAACCUGUGACACCACUGGAAAUGUUUAAAACUAGCACUCACUUUUAGUUAACCCUUAGGAAUAGUUUCUUAUAAUAGCAACCUUUUCUUCUUCUUCUUGUAAUUGACUAUAAUUAGAAUUAGUUGUAUUUUUCACAGCGAGGCGCCACCCCCUGUUGAUCGUAGGGCGUGAGUCAGUGGUCGUCUUGUUCAUGAUGCUUCACGAGCGAGCCAUGCAGAUUACAGUAGUUGCCAAGAACAUUUGGGUGUUUUAUAAGAAAUGCCGGGUUACAUUCUGACACACAAUGUAUAACAAGUGCAUCAAUACAUACCAAACAUGCUAGUCUCAUACACGGAUGGGCAUGUAAUGUAUGUUACAGUAUAUGAAUACACAGAUUAGGGUUAGAGCAGUGCCGGUUUCCAGAUAUAGGACAUCUACUUUUCCUUAUUUACACGCACAAUGAUGUGAUAUUAUUAUUAUCCAUGAGGCCUCUGGAUUACUUUAGUCUGAAGGGAAAGUUCAACAUGUUCUCAUAAAUAGCUGGAGGCUAAUAAUUGGGAAUGUGUUUUCACAAGUCCAAAACAAAGAGUCCUAGAUGAAAACCUGUUCCCAAAUGAAGCUCAACCCCUCCAUACAUUAUUUUCACAUUUUGUGUUGCAGCAGUGUUGGUUAAUGGGUAAAGGUCACCCAGCAGGACCUCUAAAGUCUGAGUCCACUUCCUUCUGCUGGUUUAAGGAAACUAUGAACAAUAAACAAAAACCAGAUUCAAAUGUCCCACUUUGGACCUCAGUGAGCUUUAGAGGUGCUACUAGGCAGAAUGUGUUACCCACGGCUUCAUCUUACUCU